AACAAUCGGAUAAAAUAUUAGUAGAUACAAUGAUAAUAAAACAAAUGCUAAUAAUUUAUGUACUUCUAAUAAAUUGUUUAAAUGACGCGUCACUAAUAAAUAUAUACACAUAAAGUAAUUGUAGAAAGAGUCGUUUAUUGUUCGUGUGUUCUAUAUUUUAUUUUUUUUACCGUGGUAUUGAUUAAGGUUGAAAUUGAUAAUUUUGUGAUAGUAAUAAUUUUGGAUGUAAACUAAUAAGUAAUGAGAACUAAUCUGGUAAAUGUUAUGCUUGAAACUGUUUUGCUUUUUGUAUUUAGUGUCCAAUAAAAUUUUAUUAUGAUCAAUUGCAAUAUUUAUUUAUUUUUCGAGAAAACAGGUUAGAUUUUUAAAGUUUUGUUGAUUUCAGACUUGAUAAAAUGUUAAAAUUAUAACAUUUAUGUAUUUAUCAGAUAUGACUAGACCUAUUUAUUAUUUGAUACAAAUUAAAAAGUACUUGAAGUAUAUUUUUAUAAUUGUAUUAUGGCUAAUGUACUACUUUGGGAUCUUUACUCAUUUCUUUGAACUGGAUUAUUAUAAACACUUUUCAUACCCACUGGAAACUGAUAUAACUAAAUGCAUUUUAAAUUUAAAAGGAAUCUUACCUGAUCAACUAUCUUGCGAAAUUAUUAACCCAUAUGAUUUCAAUUUGUUGUUGACAACUAAUAAAUGUGAUCAAAACAUACAAUUAUUGAUACUGGUUAAAUCGGCACUAAACAAUUUUGAAAAAAGAGCAAGUAUAAGAAAAACUUGGGGGUUUGAAAAUAGAUUUUCAGAUAAGCCUACUAGAACAAUAUUUAUCUUAGGAACUACUUAUGAAUUAAAUUUACAAAAACUUAUACAAAUUGAGCAUGAAAAUUAUGGUGAUAUUGUACAAUACAGUUUUGUAGAUAAUUAUUAUAACAAUACAUUGAAGACUUUAGGUGCCAUUACUUGGGCAUCAACAUAUUGUAGAAAUUCCUCGUAUUAUUUUUUCUCUGAUGAUGAUAUGUAUGUAUCAAUUAAAAAUUUGUUUCAAUAUUUGCAAAACCCAUUUGAAUAUCCAAAUAAUAUAAUUAAUGAAGUAAAGAAUUCUCAAUCUAUACAGAAAAUAUCAGAAACAUUAUUCUCUGGAUAUGUGUUUAAUUCAUCACCAUUGAGGCAUCAAAUAAGUAAAUGGUACGUUUCACUUUUUGAGUAUCCGUAUCAUAUGUGGCCUCCUUAUGUCACUGCUGGUGCCUAUGUUAUGUCUCAUACAGCUUUGAUUGAUUUCCAUUACGCCAGUUUCUUCACCAAAAGAUUUCGUUUUGAUGAUAUAUAUUUAGGUUUAAUAGCUAAGAAAUUGAAUAUUACUCCUCUUCAUUGUGAGCAUAUUUAUUUUUAUAAGAAAUAUUAUAGUAUUAAAAAUUAUAAAUAUGUGAUUGCUAGUCAUGGUUAUGAUAAUAGUAAUGAAUUACUAAAUGUUUGGUUAGAACAAAAAAGCUUUGGUAAUGCAUAAAAAUAUUUUGAUACUUAAAACAUAAAAGAAUUAAUUUUAAUUGUUAAAUAGAAAAAAUGUAAAGUUAUUGUUAUUUUAUUGUACAAAUAAUAUGUUAUGCAUGUGAUAUUGAUUUUAAAAUAUUCUGUAAUACUACUUUUUAAUGAAAGCUUGCUUUAUAUUGCAUAUUAUAGGUUAAUAGUUUCUAAAAAUAGUAUUUUUUGUUAAAAAAGUAAAACACUUAUUAUCAAAUACAACAAGUAAUAAUACUUGCUUGAAGUGCUUGAGGAUAUAUCCAUGUUUACAGUUGAGUUCUGACGUUUCUGACUCAUUGCAGAGUCCAUCUUCAGAGUGAUGGUUGCUAGUCGGUGGCUGCAACUAUACUUUUAACACAUUCAUAAGUAAUAAUACUACUUAGUUAUUUGGUUUAUUUCACUUAUUCCUAUUUGAUUCAGAAAACGAUUUAGAGGAUGAUGUGCAAGAGUUGAUAACAUGAUCAUGUGAACUUUCACAGAUACAAAACUUGGUCAUAGAUGUCUCUGUUGUUUAGAAAGAGAUCAGCUUAAUUUUGAACUUACCAUCUAUUUCUAAAGAGCUAUCCAUCCAUUUCAAAAUGAAUAUGGUUAUGAAAUCUUUUGGAAGAGGGGAUUUUUAUUAUUAUUAGUCAUUAUAAUUAAUUAUAAUCAAAUAUACUUAGAGAUGGUUCAAUUUAUAAUAAUUUGUACAUGCCUAAUUUAAAUUACAACUUAAGAAAAAAUACCACUUUUUUUAAUAAGAAAUUG